AGAGGCAUCGGGAGAGCGAGCAGGAUGCACGAGCCGAGACAGCGAGGCUGAUAGAGUCUGGUAUCGACUUGGAUAGAGACGGAUAGUUUGGGAGGAGGGGGAAGGGGAUUCGGAUAGCCUAGCCACUACCUCACCAGUCCACGUUAUCCUUCUACUCCACAUCGUCCCCCAGCACCCCUACAGAUGUCAGGAUGUCGGUGAACCCCCCCAACAGCAACGAUGCGUGCCUGAGUAUCGUGCACAGCCUGAUGUGCCACAGGCAGGGCGGCGAGAACGAGGGCUUCGCCAAGCGCGCCAUCGAGAGCCUGGUCAAGAAGCUCAAAGAGAAGAAGGACGAGCUGGACUCCCUCAUCACCGCCAUCACCACCAAUGGCGUCCACCCCAGCAAGUGCGUCACCAUCCAGAGGACGCUCGACGGCCGGCUGCAGGUCGCGGGACGGAAAGGGUUCCCCCACGUCAUCUAUGCCCGGCUGUGGCGUUGGCCUGAUCUGCACAAGAACGAGCUCAAGCACGUCAAAUUCUGCCAGUACGCCUUCGACCUCAAGUACGACAACGUGUGCGUCAACCCAUACCACUACGAGAGAGUAGUGUCCCCAGGCAUAGUGGGCCUGAGUCUGCAGAACCCAGGUGAGUGUGGCUAUUCGCCUCACCCAUCUCCACCCCUCUGCUCGGCUUCACUCUUCCGGAAAGGUCCUCCAGGCCGGCCCAUUAAGGAGGAGUACAUCCACGACUGCAUCCAGAUGGACGUCACGUCCGGCAUGCCCCCCCAGCCGGACCACCCCGGCUCCAUGAAGAUGCCCCCGCCCGAGCACUACGGCCAGCCCUUGCCCCCGCUGCAGCUGCCCCCCGAACCCCCGCGAGCACCCCCGCCAGUUACCCUCUACCCCAACAUACCCCUCUCCCCCACUGCUCCAGGCCCUAUGAUGCCCAUGUCAGGUGGUCUCGGCGGUGACGGUCUGCUCCAGAUCGCCUCGUCUCAGGGUCAGGUGCUGACGGCCUCCCCUCCCCCCUCCACCCCCACGCACGGACCCCCCCAAGCUACCCCCACAGCCCCCCAGCCCCCCCCACCCAACCAGAACGGCUACAGCACCCCCAAACACGCGCAGACGCAAGGCACCUUCCACACUACGUGGACAGGCAGCAGCACGGCCUCCUAUACCCCCGUAGGACCCCAGCAGAACGGGCGCUCUCACCAGCCGCCUCUCCACCACCCAUCCCACUUCUGGUCUCAGCACCACUCUGCUCCGAGUUUUCCCCCUCCCGUGUCCAAUCAUCCAGGGCCAGAGUUCUGGUGCUCCAUCUCGUACUUCGAGAUGGACGUCCAGGUGGGCGAGAUGUUCAAGGUGCUGUCCAGCUGUCCGGUGGUGACGGUGGACGGCUACGUGGACCCGUCGGGAGGAGACCGCUUCUGCCUGGGCCAGCUGAGCAACGUCCACCGCACAGAGGCCAGCGAGAGGGCCAGGCUCCACAUCGGUAAGGGCGUGCAGCUGGAGUGCCGGGGGGAGGGCGACGUGUGGAUGCGCUGCAUGAGCGACCAUGCCGUGUUCGUCCAGAGCUACUACCUGGACCGCGAGGCCGGCAGAGCGCCUGGAGACGCCGUGCACAAGAUCUACCCAGGAGCCUACAUCAAGGUGUUUGACCUGAGGCAGUGCCACCGGCAGAUGCAGCAGCAGGCGGCCACAGCUCAAGCAGCAGCUGCAGCGCAGGCAGCCGCAGUAGCAGGCAACAUCCCUGGACCCGGAUCAGUAGGAGGCAUCGCCCCUGCAGUCAGUCUCUCUGCAGCAGCCGGCAUCGGAGUGGACGACCUGCGGCGCCUGUGCAUCCUGCGGCUGAGCUUCGUGAAGGGCUGGGGGCCCGACUACCCGCGGCAGAGCAUCAAGCACACCCCCUGCUGGGUGGAGGUGCACCUACACCGGGCGCUGCAGCUGCUGGACGAGGUGCUCCACACCAUGCCCCUGGCCGACCCCGGCCCCUCCAACUGAGACAGAGAGAGGGGGAGAGCGGGGGCGCCACGGCUACCCCACCUGCACUGGCAUGUUCCUGGGAGAUGCACACACACACACACACACACACACACACACACACACACACACACACACACACACACACACAUACUCACAGGCAUAUACACACAUACACACACGCACACACAGGCAUAUACACCGACAGACACACACACACACAUACAGAUACAGACAAAGGUAUAGAAACAUACAAGCACACAAAGGCAUACACACAAUAACACGAAGAGGCACACGCACACACACACACACACACAUACACACUGUUACAUACACACAGAUGCAUACAUACACCCACAUAUAUACACACAAAAACAAAUAGAAACACAUCUAAGCUUACCUACUGGGCCAAAUCAAGAUGAGUAUGCCAGUGUUGAAUUUGCACCUGUUCUUUUGUCUCUUCUUCUUCUUCUUCUUCUUCAGUAGCGUACUAAACAUGCAAAGGUUUAAACAACCAAAUGAUCACCACAGCCAUUCAACAGCAAUGAAAUGAUGUAAGAAGGGAGGGUGUUCUUUUUUUCUCUCUCUUUGGUUGAAUUUCUGCUGGUGAUCGUCUUGCGCUGGUGCCAAGGCUCGCCUCAGAACCCAACACAAACACAACUCCAACGCAUGCAACUCGUUAAGAACCCUUCUGCACUACGCGAUCCGUUAACGCAAACCAAACACUGUGUGCGACUCACCACACAACGACAUCAUGUUAAUCCGUGAGUGAGGCUUCAGGUAGGCGCUGAAAUGGAUCAGGCCGGAGUCGGUCCAGUUUCUGACCCCAGGGUACCGUUCCAGUUGUCCACUAUCUGGGUUUGCACACUCUCGUAUCAUGACCUCUAUAACAGUAUACAGGUGUAUGUGGAUCCCUGAAAUAUGUUUUGGAAAAGAUUUCACUAGAAAUGCAAUCACAUUGUGACUUUUUUUUUGUUGUUGUCGUUGUUAGGAGAGUUGUUUUUGAUGAGUUUGGAAUAGUUUUCUGUUUUCUUUUUCCGUUCUUUCUCAUUCAGUGUGUCUUUCUUUGCACUGUAACGUUACAGUACGUACCGUAUGUGGCGACAGUUCGAUAUUCACGUGCACAGGGUUUACAGCUCAUUGAGUUCAGGGAUACAGCUUUACUGUAAAUAGAACUUCGUAGCUUUGCACAGCAUUUUAUGGCAAGCAUAAUACGGGAAGGAGAAACCUCAUCAGUCAAACCAAACAUUCAUUUGGAUGAAAAUCUAGCCUAAAUGUAUUUAAGGGAUCCAUUGUUUGUCAAGCACUUUCGUAACACAUGUUUCAAGCUUUCAUACACACACACACACACACACACACACACACACACACACACACACACAGACACAGACACACACACAAACACAUACCUUCAGAGCCAACAGAAACACCUACACAUACACACACACACACACUAGGGACUUAUCUUGUCCAAACCUGAGAAACCAUUUCCAGAGGGAGAAUAGAUCCCCACAUGCAGGAUUCUAUUCACGAGCCCAACACACAUUUCUUACUUCUGUCUAAACCCAUUCCGGCCCUACUGGAAUGUUCUGGAACUAUCAUGAUUUUGUCAUAGAAUCUCAAGACCAGUGAGAUAAUUCUAGAAGAUAGAGACAGUUUAGACAUUGGCAUCACAAACCCCCACCCCAGUACUCGUAAAGUGGUCCUUUGUGCCUCUCCCCUCUGUGCAACCUUUGACCUUUUCACACAACCUCUUGUCAGUUUGGUAGCCUUGCUACCUCGCUAGCCAUAUUCACAACCAUGCAAGGCAUCAGCCCACCAACGUAUUUAUUUUCAUACAAAAGAAAAACAAAGAUAGACAUACAAAUAAGACAAGAUGAAUACAAGUGUGUCCAGAUGUUCAGCUUUAAUAAGAAUACAUUGUGACAUUGGUGUGUGUCUGUGAAGAGUAGGUUCAGUGUAUAUAACCAAAUCCUUUUUUGCCAUGUGGAGAGACAAUACUCCCCAAAGCCUGAUUACCUCAUGACAGCCCAACUGAACUCAGUGUUGAAACUGUUGUUUUUCUUUUUUCUAUCUUUUGUCCUAAGCCAAAUACACUCUACCUUUGCAUCUCUCAUAAGAUAGCUUUGACACUUUGUGGCAAUCAAAUAGGGUUCUGAAUCGUGAGACCUUAAAGAGACAACCAGGCAGGAUUCACAGACACCCCCCCCCCAUCCCCAACCAUCACCCAGACCAGCAAAUAAAUGGACUAAUCAGCUCCAUAGAUUGCAGUGCAUCUUAAACGAUGUUCACUUGUCUGUGCACAUUUCAUCGUUUCAUGUAACCACGGUGAGUGAGACCGGAAUCCUACCGGAACCUAACGCGAGCAGGCCUGACAUUCUGACCAAACACUCUAGAGCAGAGCACUCCAGAAUAUUUGAGUCGGACCAACGGGUACGUUACAUCGGGCACGUAACCGAAGCGUUCCGCUCAAAGUGUUCGCUGCGACAAUUCGUUUCCAUUGUAAUCUGGCUACGCCAGAUGUGAUAGCGGCACGUGCAUUCGAAACAGUGUUCUAGAACAGUUUCUGUGCUCUUGGAGCUGAACUCGGUUAGUAGUCCGAACUCGUGUAGUCCAACCGUUAGCAUCUGCGUGAUGACGAGCGUAGUACACUGACAGACUCUGACAAGAUUUGGGAAAGAUUCUUGAAAGAUUGUUGUCUUUUGAUUAAAGCUUGAAUGAGGGGCAUUAGUUAAAGACUACAAUCUUUCAAGAAUCUUUCCCAAAUCAUGUCAAAGUCUGUCAGUGUAAGGUAGGCUUUAGUCAAAGUGAAGACCAUGUCUAUGUUGUCGUCCUGGAGUGAGCUUAGUAAGAGUUGUUUUUGUGUGUGACGUUGUUGUUUGUCCGUGAGGUUAGAGUAAAGGACCUGUGUGCCUUCCAUGACAUGGCCUCUCUACUCCCUCUCCCAGACACACGCGCCUACGUCACAUCAGCGUCAGAGCUCAUCGCAGGCACCUGGGCAUUCAGCUCUAGAGGACUGGAACAAUAGGCGGAUUCGACUUGAUGUAGCCGCUUACAGUUGCUUAAGCUGACUGCAUACCUGAUUAUUUCUGAGAUUCUGACACGUUUUCAACCCGGAGUUGUGCAUACGUCACGGUUGAAAACGUUUCAGAAUCUCUGAAAUAAACCAUGCUACGCAGUCGUCUUAAGACGGCUGCAGGCGGUUACUGCAAGUCGAAUCCGCCUUAUGGUUCAUCUGCCUGCCACUGGUUGAAUACAAGAGCUCUAGAAGGCUGUUCACACCAAGAACGAUAGCUAUCAAGAUAACUGUAACUAUAACGAUAUUAGUGUCGUUAUCGCUGUAGUUUAUGUGUGGACGUCGUCAUUUAUAUUAGCUAGAGCGACACUUUUGUGCCGUUAUUGUCGUAGUUAUCGCUCUUGGUGUGAAUGGCCCUUAAGUCAACGUAUAUGGUUAAAUGGGCCCUUUGCUGGUGCAGGACAGUAGUGAGUUAAUGUGUAGUCUUUGGUAUUGAACCUCUUGCCAGAUUGCCACUAUGAAUAGAGUGAUACUUUCUUAUGCGUAGAAGUUCACUAGAUUCACAAAAUACACCAGUUUCAUGAUUGGAUUCUACUAGUAUUUUAGACAGUUGCUCACUGAAGUUCUGUGUGAUUUUCACAGGAGUCCUUAGCUUACUGACUUAAUAGGUGAUGGUGGGGAAAGUGGGGGAAUCGGUUCCUUUACGUUUGAGAAUGAUAGUGGUCUAGCCACUCCAAACCUCUGGUGAUGUCUUUUUUUGUGCACUUACACACUGCCAGCAUGUCUGCAGCUGACGAUGGAAGAGUCGGCCAUUUGUAGUCGUCGUCGAUGUCAGCUCUUGUCUCGGCCAAAGUUAGCACUUUACUUGAACCUUCGAACUUCGGACUGACAUGUCAAAAUCUUGUCAAGGCAGAUGUCAAAUGCUGUCGUACAUAGUACAGUAAUAGUAAUAGUGUCAUCACACCUUGCUUGUCUCGACUGAAAGAUACUAAUGUAGUUUAAUGACGUGACAUUAUGCUGUUAGGGUAUAGAGAGCUGCUAUCAUUGCUAAAGAUAACGGUAACACGGCAUCGUGAAAUCACUGGACAUCAGCUGUUAUGAUGUGUGCAUCUAACUUAAGAAAGAUAAUCUGAAAAGAGAUCUACAGACUUAGACUACAGUGAAAUGAAAAAUGAGAUUUCUAUAUGGACUAAAUUACUGCUAUGCUGUGAAAGGAGAGAUCUCAACAGGAUCGCAAAUCAUAGUUUAGUUUUGACCGAACCUUUAGAUACAAUAUGUCCUCCUCUGUCGACGUUGAUGUUUUAGGAAGAGGCACACAUGUUCACAAUCAAGUGCAUUUAACUAGCCUAUGACAAGAACACAGCUCAUAGCUAUGUGAAGAGAGAUAGCCAGGAGAUCCCUUUUUUUAAUCAAUUAUGCUAGAUUUUUAUAUUAAAGUGCCUCGUCUAAUUUCUGUCUCAAGAUGCCUCUCCUAAGGAAUUUUAGGAGACAUAUUAUAUGUGUUUGAUUAGUACAUAAUUGAAAUAAUAAUGAGAUUGCAUCCAGGUCUCCUGAGCUUUCAAAGAUACAUCUUUGAAAACGCAAAUGUCCCUAUGGACUGCUAUAAUAUUUUCAAGACGUGGUUAUGUCUGUCUAAUGAAGUAGGGUUCAAGUAAAGUGUUACCGGCAUGAGUACGAAGUAUUGUUGUGACCUACUUCCUGUCACUCGCCACUGUUUCCUGUUUCUGGUCUGUGCCUUCAUCGUUGCAUCAUUCCAGAUCGAUUAAGUGUAGUGUUGUGAUAUCAGGCCCAGUUUGGAAAAUGACAUAUAUUUGGAUAGGCACUUUAGUUCAUUUGGAUGAUUUCAUUCAUCAGUAGGACUGGCAGACCUUCUUUCCAUUUUAUAUGAGAAAAAGAAUCAUACACUUCUAAUAUGUAAUAUGUUGUAAAGCAGUACAAUCAUGAUUUUUUAGAGAAACACACCGUGAGUUAAUAUGCUGAAAUAGAUCUAAAUUGGUAACUAGAUGUUCUAAGGUACUGUAAACCUGCUGUUGUGAGCUUAGACUUAUUUGCAAUGCUUUGAGGGGGAGUCGGGUAGCUUACCUGCUGUUUUGUGACGAUAAUCGUAAAAAAAAAAUAUAUUAAAAAAAAAAAAAAAAAAAAACGUUUGCUUGACCAUCUUUUUUAGAAUAAUACUGUAGGUUUAAUUUUGCCUUAAAACUGACAAAAUGCAUAUUUGUCGCCAGUGUCGCUGUUGAAAGAUUAAAAAAUAAAUAAAAUAAGUAAAAACGUUACCUCGCUACCUAGUAUGCUAAUAGAGACUGUCUGCACGCUGCCAUCCCUUCCCCGCGCCCUUUCUCCUUCCUUUGGGACGUUUCAUCGUAAGUGAACCCAGGGAUCAAGUGGUCAUGCUGCAAAGGCUGUGAUGGCGAUAUCCCAUAAUGCCCUCCACCCUCCGAGCUCCAGCUGUGUCCUCAUGUGGUUUUAAUCGUUGACCUAAAGUAACCUCUUUGUGCAGGUUCAUUAUCAUUCUUAUGGAAAACAAAAAUAUGCCAAUAAACAAGACAAUCGCUCCAAUUGGAAAACCUUGCAGCAUUCCGUGUUACAAUAGCAAUUUCUUACAACAAUAGUAUUUAAACAAUGUUAUCCAGUGUAGAAAGACAAAUGAUGAAUUUGGCUAUUUUAUUGAUAUUGUUAAUUCAAUUAUUGUUGUAAUUAUAAUGAUUUUAUUGUAUAAGGACGUGCUGCUCCUGUUAUGUUGACUGUACACCAAAGUAAAACAUUUUGAUACAAAACA